CACUCGGUAUAGUCACGGGCAGAGGCGUGCAUGUGCUCGGCCAGUGAGUGGACUCUGGACGGCAGAGUUGAAGACUUUAGAGAGCUGCUAGGAGAGAACGGACAAUCCACGCUGCAUUGUGUCGUCUUUUCUGCGCUUUUGAGAUUUGGAAGCAAGUGGAGUCGGAUACAGCGAACGACACAGACAUGUGUAACCAAGCAGGAAGACGUCGGGAGGAUCUGGGCCGGUGGGCUUAAGAGCUCUGUCUGUGCACUCAACCAGAAAUCGGUGUCUUUUGCAUCUAAACGAAAGCCUUAGAGUUUGAACCGAGCAGGAUGGCAUCCAGCCUUACAUGUGCAGGUGUGAUUUGGGCCCUGUUGUCGUUUCUUUGUGCUGCUACAUCUUGUGUUGGCUUCUUCAUGCCAUAUUGGCUGCUUGGGUCACAGAUGGGUAAGCCAGUGUCAUUUGGGACUUUUCGCCGCUGUUCAUACCCCAUAAGGGAUGAGGCCCGUGGUGGGACUGUUAUGUUGGAGCAAUGUGGGCGCUACGCCUCCUUUCAGGGCAUCCCAAGUCUGGAGUGGAGAAUCUGCACGGUGGUGACAGGGAUUGGAUGUGGACUGCUGCUCCUGGUUGCUCUCACAGCAAUAAUGGGAUGCUGUGUUACGGAUCUAAUCUCUCGCACCAUAGGACGAGUGGCAGGAGGGAUACAGUUUGUUGGAGGGCUGCUGAUCGGGUCUGGAUGUGCCCUGUACCCUUUAGGCUGGGACAGUGAAGAGGUCAGACAGACUUGCAGCAACAGUUCUGACCAGUUUGAUCUUGGUUCUUGUGAGAUCGGAUGGGCUUAUUACUGCACCGGGGCUGGAGCAGCGGCGGCCAUGGUUUUGUGCACGUGGAUGGCGUGUUUCGCAGGGAAGAAGCAGAAACACUAUCCUUACUAAAGACAAUAACUAUGAACACUACAUAAUGUAUAUGGGCAUGACUUCUACAUCAUGCUUCCUGAAUGCAUAUAUACAAAGACUCAAGACUGAACGUUGACCUUUCUGUGUCAGGUCCCAAUUGAGAUUUUCCCUUUGAUUGACCUUUGACCUGCAUCGGGAUCUUUUGCAUUUUAAGUGAUGCCAGUAUCAGUAAUGGGAAUAUAUCAGACGACCUAUUGACUUUAAUGUUCAAAAGGAUCUACUGUAUUACUCUCAUUUAUCUUUUUUUUAGAUUGUGUUUGUGUAAGUACGGUAUUCUUGGUGGAUUAAGUUGUUGUGUAUCGGUACAUUGUAUUAUUAUAAUAUCCUAGUCUAUAUAACGCGUUCAUUUAUGUCCUGUUAUUGCUUUAAAGUGAUAGUUCAACCAAAAAUUUUUUUUUACUCACUGUUUACUCAUCCUCAAACCUUUAUGAGUUUUGUUUUUCUGCUGAAACUUAUUCAUUCAUUCAUUUUCCUUUAGCUUAGUCCCUUUAUUCAUCAGGGGUCGCCACAGCGGAAUGAACCACCAACUUGUCUUGUGCAGCGGAUGCCCUUCCAGCAGCACCCUAGUACUGGGAAACACGCAUACACUCUUAUAUUCAUACACUACGGCCAAUUUAGUUAAUCCAAUUACCUAUAGUACAUGUGUUUGGACUGUGAGGGAAACCCAUGCCAACACGAGGACAUGCAAACUCCACACAGAAAUGCCAACUGACCUAGCUGGGACUCGAACCACUGAUCUCCUUGCUGUGAGGCGACAAUGCUAAUCACUGGGCCACCUUUUUGGAGCUUCAUAUGAUUAUAAUUAAAGUCACAUGGAAUAUUUUGACAAUAUUUUAAGCUUGUUUUUUAGACUUUUCCUGUUUAUAGAGGACGAGAGAGCUCUCUGAUUUCAUCUAAAAUGUCUUGGUUUGUGUUCUGAAGAUGAACGAAGAUCUCAGGGGUUUGACACGAAGGAGAGUAAUUCAUGAGAGAAUAUUCAGUUUUUGGUGAUAUCUUUGUGUGAACUAUCCCUUUAAAUGUCUCAACUCCAAAUAACACAUCUCCAACAGACUGUAUUUGCUAAUAAUUGUAUGUUUGACAGUAUAUUGUGAUCUUUGUUUGAUAUUUACAACUUUUAUAUAGCACAUGCAUACAUGUCCAUUAUAUUUCACCGCAUUUGUAAAUAAAUACUGUGAUUUUAAAAA